AUGAUUAGCAAAGAAAUUGAUGACAUGAAACGAGAAAAGCUUCAGCUGGAAAAAGAAAAGUCCCAACGUGAUGCUGAUAUCAAAAUAAAGAAUGGUGAAGUCCAAGCCUUGCAGAAAGAUUUGGAUGCCAUCACAGCCACCCUUCAUCAACUUGAGAACCAGAAGAAAGAAGCCCAGAAGCGGUUAGAUGAAUUAGAUGACAAGCGUUCCAACUUGGAGAGUAAUGUGAAAGAAAUGAAAGACAAGUGUGAUGAAGAACAACGCCAGAUUGAUGAAUUCAAAAUGAAAAUAUCUAACCAAGAGAAAUCUGUUCAAGAGCAAGAAGAGGAGUUAAAUAACUUGCGUUCAGAGUUGAAUCGCUUGCGGGAUGAAGAGACCAACUUGGAAGCAGAAGUUGCUGAGAAGAAGGCAUAUUUAGAGACAUUGAUAAAAAAUCAAAAAGAUACCCAGUUACAGAUAAGCCAGACCAAGAGCCGUCUUCAGAAUCUUCAGGACCAGCAGCGGGGGGUCGGCCAAAGCAUUGCCAACUUCAACUCGCAGGUCAAUGGAGAAUUUGCGUCCUUCCCUUCAGCAGCUGGUGAGGCUGACCAGUUCAGCAACUUGGCUACUGCUGGUAGCAGUCCCAUCAGCAUCGGUGCUUUCAGUCAUGGCUCCAGCAUGGAUGAAUUCCGAGAUGAUCCUUUCAAAGGCAAGGAUCCUUUUGCCAAUGCUGGUAUGGAUGUUGCUCCUGCUGCAGACCCUUUUCAAAAUGAAGACCCGUUUAAAGGAAGCGAUCCUUUCACCCAAGACCCCUUUGCAUCCGAAGACCCUUUCAAAGAUGCAUUUCCGGUGGCUGAUAAUGAUUCUUCUGCCUUUCCUAAGGUCCCUGAGAGCACCUCAAGCCCACCACCUCAAGAGGAUGAUCCUUUUAGCCAAAUUGGUGCUGAUCCUUUUGAAAGUGCUUUUUCAAAUUCGAGUAAAAAAUCAAAUGCUGACCCUUUCGCAGCGUUCAGUAGCCAAAACACCAAAACAAGUGUGCAGAGUCUGUCCUCAUAUUUGCAUUCAUAUCUCUCUCUAGUCUGUUUUUCUGUUUCUACUAGAUUCUCUGGUCUUUUUCCCCACUUCUCUAGUCUUUUUAUUUCCCUUUCCCCCUUGGUCCUUUUUUUUUUCUUUUUCCCCCUUCUCUGGUCCUUUUUUUUUUUUUUUUUUUUCCCUUUGCUGGUCAUUUUUUUUUUUUUCUUUUUCCCCUUUGCUGGUCAUUUUUUUUUUUUUCUUUUUCCCCUUUGCUGGUCAUUUUUUUUUCUUUUUCCCCUUUGCUGGUCCUUUUUUUUUCUUUUCCCCUUUGCUGGUCCUUUUUUUUUUUUUUUUCCCUUUGCUAGUCCUUUUUUUUUUUUUUUCCCUUGCUAUCCUUUUUUUUUUUUUUUCCCUUUGCUGGUCCUUUUUUUUUUCUUUUUCCCCUUUGCUGGUCAUUUUUUUUUUCUUUUUCCCCUUUUCUGGUCAUUUUUUUUCCCCCUUUGCUGGUCCUUUUUUUUUUUCCCUUUGCUGGUCCUUUUUUUUUCCCCUUUGCUGGUCCUUUUUUUUUUCCCCUUUGCUGGUCCUUUUUUUUUUUCCCUUUGCUGGUCCUUUUUUUUUUCCCCCUUUGCUGGUCCUUUUUUUUUCCCCCUUUGCUGGUCCUUUUUUUUUUCCCCUUUGCUGGUCCUUUUUUUUUCUUUUUCUAUUUUUCUGGUCUUUUUUUCCCCUUUUUCCUUUCCUAGUCUUUUUUUUUUUUUUUUACCCCCUUCUCUGAUCUAUUUUUUUUCCUUUUUUCUUAUUUCUCUGGUUUUUCUUAUUUUCUCUGUUCUUCUUUCUCCUCCUCUCUCUAUCUUUACUUCUUAA